UGGUUGCUAGGUAAAUUGGCUGAUAACUAGACGGUGUGGUGGAGGGCGCUGCGGGACGUGCGGGAAACACACGGAGGAUGGACUCUGGUCGCAGUGGAAGCAUCUGCAGGGGUUUCUUAAGCGGCUCUUGCAUAUUUGGUCCAAGGUGUCAUUAUCGUCAUGAGUGGCCAGUCAUACCAUCAUCCCAAAUAUGUAGACACUUUCAGAAAGGUGGAUGCUGGUAUGGCGAUCGCUGCAGGUUUAUCCAUAUCCUCCCACCUGAAGCGGAUGCAGCUGUUGCAGGUAGAAGGAGUUCGGCGCCUACAGUCUCCUCCUCACACGUUGCCCACGCUCAGCCUGACAGAAGAGGGUCAGAGCCUGCUCUUCUGCAGGCUGAGGUGACGUCCAGGCAGGAAUGCAGCAGAUCAGAGGGGGUGUUUCAUAUCUCAGAUCCUCAACGCAACACUGGACGUCUGCCAAUAAAUAUUACUGUGGAACAAACACAUGAUACUGAAUCUCUAACUGCUUCUCGGGAAUCGGUCCAAAGAUCAGAUGCUGCUGAAGCGGUGGCAUGUGAUGGAAGAAAUGAGCAGCAGACCUCUUCAGCAGACACAACAGAGGAGGGGGCUACAGCUGCAGCCUUUGCAACACAGGGGGAAGUAGAGGAAAGGGAGUCUUUUCUCAAGAGUAAAAACAUGACGUGUGGUAUCUGCAUGGACAAAGUCUACGAAAAAACUGAACUAAGCGACCGACUUUUUGGAAUAUUGCCAAACUGCAAUCACUCCUUCUGUUUAAAAUGUAUAAGGACCUGGAGGAAAACAAAAGACUUUGGGCCGGACGUGGUAAAGAGCUGCCCACAGUGUCGAGUGAGAUCUGCCUUUUACGUGCCAAACAAAUACUGGGUUGAAGGGAAGGAAAAGGAAAGUGUAAUUGCUGGCUUUAAAGAGAAAUGCAGAAAGAAAAGCUGCAGUUACUUUGCACGAUACAGAUGCUGUCCCUUUAAAACGGAGUGCCUUUAUCGACAUGAUAAACCUUCACGUCGAAGAUCAUUCCAGUAUCCUACAGAUGAUAUCGAAGACUUUGUGGGUUUAGCCCUGCUGGAUUUUUUCAUGGACAUGGCCCUUGGUGUUGAGGAGGAUGAUGAUGAUGACGACUUUGAGGCCUAUCACUCUCUUUUGGAGUACGAAUUCUAAGCUUUUUUUUUUCGUUCUUCUUGUCACUGCCUGAAACCACUGAUGGGGGCCUCGUCUUUACGUAAUCAUUGGUCCCAGGAGAACACACAGUUGUGUUUUGACCCUUCUGCCCUCCUUGUAUUAGUACUGAAUGUUUGAGUUGCCAUGAACAGGACAAAGAGAAACAACCACGCACCAUUGAGUGUGUUCAUGUUAUUGAUUAGUCCGACUACAGCAUACAAUUCAACCACAGACGAACUAAUCAGUGAAAUUAGCUUCUACUGUCUGCUUGAAAAUGAAAAUAAGUACACUUACCUUUUCAUGGCACACGGUUUGUUGACCCUACCUCCUAGAUACAAAAAAAACAAGAUUUGUCCUCUCUAAUAAUUUUGUGUUUAGUCUCUGGCAUCCUGAUUAUAAGGGUUCACCCUCCCAUGGCUGUCGUUCUUCAAAUAUGUUGCAGAUUGUCAAAUUCCCCCAGAACCUCUCCAUGGAUUAAUAAGAGCGCUAACCUGUGACCUCUCUGUGAACAAAUUGCACCAAAUAGAUAUUUUAAAAGUGUUAUGUGAUUGAAAGUUUUAAUCGUCUGAAGAUAAAAAGUGUACUGUACCCCUUCUUCCUGAUGUCCACAACUGAAAAUACCUGUCUCAAGGGGUAGUAACGAAAACCAUUUCCUGGUUUAGGCUUGAAUACAAAUUGUUAAGAUUUUAUUUCUUUUAAACAAGUUGUACUUGUACACGUAAAAUAAAACAUUGCUUCACAUUGUCUCACUAAA